AUGGACAACGCCAAACCAACCGUCCAGAUGGACGAAGGUGACCCCUCCCCAGCGGGUCAAGAGCAGAAUCUCAACAACUUCGACUUCCCCUCCCAGACCGAAGAAUGGCGACAAGACUUUGAGAAGAAACUCCUCCGAAAAGUCGACACUCGUUUAAUGCCCACUCUCGUGAUAAUGUACCUCCUCAACUUCCUCGACCGUUCGAACCUCGCCCAGGCACGUCAAGGCUCCCUCGAAGAAGACCUUGGAAUGAAGGGUACAGACUUUAACCUCGCUACAUCCAUCUUCUUCGUCGGAUAUCUGCUCAUGCAAUUACCCUCGAACCUUAUUCUUACACGUUUGCGACCGUCGCUGUAUUUGAGUGCUUCGUGCUGUCUUUGGGGCGUUGUAUCGACGUGCAAUGCUGGCGCGCAAACUUUUACACAUCUUGUUGUUAUCCGAUUCUUCCUCGGUUUUGUGGAAGCGCCGUUCUUUCCUGGUGCGGUGUUUCUGAUGAGUUCUUGGUAUACGCGCGCUGAGCUUACGCGAAGAAUCGCAUGGCUUUAUUCCGGAAAUGCGCUUGCCAAUAUGUUUGGUGGUGUACUUGGUGCGGCUAUUUUGGGGGAUAUGGAUGGCGCGCAUGGAAAAGCGGGUUGGAGAUGGUUAUUCAUCAUUGAGGGUGUCGCAGCCAUUGGGUUUUCGUUGAUCGCCAUGUUUAUUCUACCGAAUUAUCCCCACACGACAAAAUGGUUAACUGAAGAGGAACGCGCUUUCGCAGCAUGGCGAUUGGCUCAAGACAUCAAUGAAGUUGAUGCAUAUGGUGAAAACACAGUUUGGGAUGGUGUCAAGAUGGCUGUACGAGAUUAUCGCCUGUACCUCUUUGUGCUUCUUCAGCAUGUCAGUCUCAUCUCUCAGACAUUCCAGUACUUUUUCCCGACAAUUGUGGGGACACUUGGGUACGGGAAAAUUGUCACACUGUGGCUCACAGCUCCAGCAUGGUUUGCGACAUUCCUUUUGUCGGUUUGUGUCACUUUGAGUUCUGCCAAAACGAACGACCGAUCUCUACACAUUUUUUGCCUCAUGCUUGUCGCAGCAAUUGGAAAUGCAAUUGCGACAGCCACCACGACAGUUGGAGCGCGAUUCUUUGCCAUGUUUCUCAUGCCGAUGGGUGCCGUGUCAUCAUACCAAAUCAUCGUCUCAUGGGUCGCGAAUUCUUUUCCCCGCCCUCUGGUUAAGCGCUCAGCCACCAUUGCAAUCUGCAAUAUGAUUGGUAACACGGCCAGUAUUUACGGGUCAUACAUGUACCCCAGCAGUGAUGGUCCACAGUACAUUCCAGGUGGUAGCGCCAACACUGCUAUUUGUGUACUUGUCGCGUUGCUGGCUCUAGUAUUGCGAUAUGUCCACAAAUAUGAGAACAAAAAGUUGGACAAGGCCGAAGCUGAAGCAAAUGCUGCUGCGGAGGAAAACGGCAAGACGGACUCACAAGCAAGAGAAGCAGGAUUCAGGUACAUUUACUAG